GUUGUUGGGGAUUCAGUAACCAAGAUACCGUCUCGCAAAAUGAGCACUUUUCUCGCAUCGACUUCCAUUUACAUUUACAUGUGCGUCUGCCUGGUUCUCCAGGAGCAAGUGGCCGCCAACUUCUUGAUUCCGUCCUGCGGAGUAUCCUAUGAGUCCAAUGUGGCCACUAGAAUAGUUCGCGGCAAGGAAGCCAUGCUGAAAUCGGCUCCAUUCAUGGCCUAUUUGUACAACAGCUCCGAGGUCCACUGUGGCGGAACGAUCAUCUCCAGUAAAUACAUUCUCACUGCAGCUCACUGUAUGAGGCCCUAUCUAAAGGUGCGAUUGGGGGAACACGAUAUUACCAGAAAUCCCGACUGCCAGGGCGGAUCUUGUUCUCCCCCUGCCGAAGAAUUCGACAUCGUUUUGGCCACGAAGUACAAGCACUUCGAUCGCUCUCUGGUCAAUGAUAUUGCUCUGCUCAAGCUGAACAGGAACAUUCGCUUUAAUGUCCACAUACAACCGAUCUGCCUGAUUCUCAAUCCGGCGGCAGCGCCCAAUGUGCACGAAUUCCAGGCAUUCGGAUGGGGCCAAACCGAAACCAAUCACUCCGCCAAUGUGCUGCAGACCACGGUUCUCACCCGCUACGACAACCGCCACUGCCGCUCGGUGCUGUCCAUGCCAAUCACAAAUAAUCAGCUUUGCGUCGGAUUUCAGGGAUCGGACACCUGCUCCGGCGACUCUGGCGGACCUCUGGUCACCAAGGUGAACUACGACGGAGUUUGGCGCUACUUGCAGUUGGGUAUCGUGAGCUUUGGCGACGACAAGUGCCAAAGUCCGGGAGUGUAUACGUAUGUUCCGAAUUACAUUAGAUGGAUCCAAUACGUUAUGCAGUCAAAAGGUUAUUAAUUAAACUAUUAUAAAACGGUUAAUAAAAAAUGGUUGUUA